AUAUAAAUAUGGGUAACGCAGAAUGGUAGCUCCUAACAAACAAACCCACCUUCUCAUUUCACAUUUUAUAGUCCAAACCAUUUUUAGAGCUCCAAAUUAAACUCUAAGCUUUAGAGCUCUCUUCUAUGGACUGGUCUAGGGGUCCCACAGUCGGCCGGGGUGCCACCGCCACUGUUUCAAUUGCCCGUGAUUGCCGGUCCGGUCGCUUGUUCGCUGUCAAGUCGGCGGAGCUGAACCGAUCGGAGUUGCUUCAAAGGGAACAGAAAAUUCUGUCCACAUUGAAAUCUGCUCACAUUGUAGCGUACCAAGGUUUUGACAUUACGUCGGAGAGAAACGUACUUUGGUACAAUCUGUUCAUGGAGUAUGCACCUUAUGGUACGCUAGCCGACAUGACUCGCCGGCGAGACGGGCUAGAUGAGGCAGUGGUUCGAACCUAUGCGCGCCAAAUCUUGCUGGGGCUUGACCAUCUUCAUUCAAAUGGCAUAGUGCAUUGUGAUAUUAAAGGUAAGAAUGUUUUGAUCACGGAGGAAGGGGCUAAAAUCGCAGACUUGGGUUGUGCUCGGAGGGGCGCUGAUGCGGUGGAUUGCGGCGGCUUGGUUGCCGGUACACCGUUGUUCAUGGCGCCAGAGGUGGCGCGUGGGGAGCAACAGGGUUUCGCUGCCGACGUGUGGUCUCUGGGGUGUACUGUGUUGGAGAUGAUCACCGGGAAGGCUCCCUGGCCAGAUGUAGCCGACCCGCUAAGUGCGGUUUAUCGGAUCGGGUUCUCAGGCGAUGUGCCAGAGAUUCCAGGGUUCAUGUCGGAGAAAGGGAGGGACUUCGUGAGCAAGUGUCUGAAGAGAGACCCGAACGAGAGGUGGUCCGUGGCCGAGCUCCUCAGGCACGCGUUUGUGGAAGAAUCAACUUCAUCCAAAUCAUCCAUGGAAGAAUUUGAAAGCUCCAAGCUUGAUACUCCGACGAGCGUAAUAGAUGGAUCCAUUUGGGAUUCGUGGGAGACCACCCAAGAUCCGACCCGUGUUCGUUCCAGCAAUCCUGGCGGAGACCGGAUCCGUAGGUUGUGUGCAGAAGCUACGACGUCGUUUGAUUGCAAUGAGCCCAACUGGGGAUGGGAUGAUGAAGAGUGGGUCACAGUGAGAAAUAGCAAUGAGACAAGUGAGAAUUACAAUGUUGACCUAGGACAUGAGGGAAGUUUAGUGCACUGUUAUGAACCCAAAACGGUAAUUACAAUUGGGUUGUGGCUGUGUAAUAGUGUGAAUUGUAAGGUUUGUUGUAAUAGCAGCAACUACGUUAGUUGUAACAAAGGAUUAAUGUUAGGCUAUGAUGAUUGGUCAUAUGUAAGGAUGAUUGUUCUCAAGAGGGAAAUUGAAUCUCAAAAUAAGGAAAGAAUUUUUCACGGUUUGCUUCUGUCUCUCACUCUAUAGUGGCAUUAUGGGUUAUAAUGGUUUCACAUGUGGCCAACAUAAUAGCUAAGUAGGUCAAAUUUUGAGGCGAUAUAUAUACACAGACACACAUGAUUACUUGGGAAAACUAGGCUGUCUUUGUAAAAUCACAAGCGGAUUUGGCUUUCUUUUUUGGUUCACGAGAAACUAGAUGAGAUGAAGACUUUGAAGCACGUCCCUGAUUGGAAUUACUUGAUGGAUUUGUUUCAUGUGUUUCGUAGGUAAUUUGAUUUUCACCAAAUUCAAUGCAAAGAGAGAUUCUUAGCAAUUCUGAAUGGGAAAGUAAUAAUUUCCUGA